UUUUUUUCUUUCCACAUUGAUCCUUUUUUAUUUAACUCGAAGUUUCGUCAAAUGGGUGACAAGAAGAGCCCCACAAGGCCAAAGCGGCAGUCGAAGCCCUCCGCCGACGAUGGCUGCUGGGACUGUAGCGUCUGCACCUUCAGGAACACCGCGGAGGCGUUCAAGUGCAUGAUGUGUGAUGUCAGGAAGGGAACGUCAACCCGAAAACCACGGCCUGUUUCUCAGCUGGUUGCACAGCAAGCAAAUCAGCAGUUUGCACCACCCAAUCUCCCCAAAAAGGAGAAGAAAGAAAAAUCUGAGAAAGACAAGAGCGAUAAAGAAUCAACACUGAAAAAGAAAAGCCAUAAAAAGAUGAGGCCCAGGUUAAAAAACAUAGACAGGAGCAGCGCCCAGCAUCUAGAGGUCACAGUUGGAGACUUGACAGUAAUAAUCACAGACUUUAAGGAGAAAGCCAAACCCACGUCCACUCCAACAAGUGCCGCCUCCGCAGACCAACACAGUCAAAGUGGCUCAAGCUCUGAUAACACUGAACGAGGGGUCUCCAGAUGCUCUUCACCCCACGGGGAAGGCUCGCCGGUUAACGGAGAGACUCACUAACCUUUACACUCCCCAGUCGGCACAACCCAUUCUUCUGCACUCUCUACAGCCUCAACCAGAGAAUAAACUUGCAUUAAUAAUACUAUCAAUGCCAAUGGGAUAGCAUUCACCUCUAUUGGGGCUGUAUUUUGUUUUCACUGCCUUCCCAUGAUGAUGAAGAAUUCAGGAGUCAGGGCGUAUGCUGUGUGCUCAACUCAAAGAACUGUUGGAACAAGAACGAUCAUGAUGAACUGAAAAAAAAAGGAACUGUAGCAUUAAACCCUGGAUUUCUGCCACGUGUUGUGGCUACUUGUGUUUUAACACUUUAGUGUUACGUCAGCAUCAACACUGGGUCGGUCGUUGCUGCACAGAAUACUUGAUGCAUUAUGAAAGAGAAUGAGGAAGUCAUCUCAGAAUUGUAGUUUAUCCUUGAAUUUUGUUAUCGUUAUUUGCACUUAAUGGCAUUCUAUGUUCAUGAUAACAUUUUUUUAGCAUUAUGUCCACUUUUCCAUUAUCAGUAAAUCAUAACACUGUUGAUUACUGGCUUUCUAUAGCCCUCAUUUUAUGCCAUUGGAUGCAAUAAUUUUUUUCUUUUUUUUCUACCGUCUAACAUUUGAGUAAAAAUAUUGAAUAAUUAUUCUAAGUAUGCUUCUCAUUCACUUGGUAGA